GCGAGAGCUGCCUAAUGGUAGACCAUAACAACAAGACCACCAUGUGGGAGAGACCUCUUCCUCCAGGGUGGGAGAAACGUGUGGAUCCUUGGGGCAGGUAUUACUACAUAGACCACAACACCCGGACCACCACAUGGCAGCACCCUACAGCUGAAUAUGUCAGGAACUAUGAGCAGUGGCAGUCCCAGCGAAACCAGCUCCAAGGAGCCAUGCAGCAGUUCAGCCAAAGAUUCCUGUAUUAGGUGAGAGCUAGGUCAUCCAGUGCUCCGUCUGACAAUGAUCCUCUCGGUCCCCUUCCUCCUCGCUGGGAGAAGAGACAGGACAGUGGGCGAGUGUAUUACAUGAACCACAACACAUGGACCACCCAGUGGGAAGACCCUCACACGCAGGGGGAUGAUCAGGAGCCGCCACUGCCACCCGGCUGAGAGAUGAAGUACACGAACGAGGGCGUGCGCUACUUUGUGGACCACAACACUCGCACCACAACCUUCAAGGACCCACGCCCUGGAUUUGAGUCUGGGAGCAAGCAGGGUGGCUCCCCAGUGGCAUAUGACCAGAGCUUUUGCUGGAAGUACCACCAGUUCCACUUCCUCUGCCAUUCGAAUGCAUUGCCUAGCCAUGUGAAGAUCAGCAUGUCCCGACAGAUGCUCUUUGAGGACUCCUUCCAGCAGAUCAUGAACAUGAAGCCGUACAACCUGCAGCACCGCCUGUACAUCAUCAUGCGGGGAGAGGAAGGCCCGGACUACGGUGGCAUUGCCAGGGAGUGGUUCUUCCUCCUGUCCCAUGAGGUGCUCAACCCCAUGUACUACCUCUUCGAGUAUGCUGGCAAGAACAACUACUGCCUGCAGAUCAACCCUGCCUCCUCCAUCAACCCUGACCACCUCACCUAUUUCCACUUCAUCAGCCGCUUCAUCGCCAUGGCUCUGUAUCAUGGGAAGUUCAUCAAUACUGGCUUCACGCUGCCCUUCUACAAGCGGAUGCUGAACAAGUGGCCCACACUGAAGGACCUGGAAUCCAUCGACCCCAAGUUUUACAACUCCAUUGUCUGGACCAAGGAGAACAGCCUGGAGGAGUGUGGCCUGGAGCUGUACUUCAUCCAGGACAUGGAGAUCCUGGGCAAGGUGACCACCCAUGAGCUAAAGGAGGGUGGUGAGAGCAUCUGGGUGACGAACAAGGAGGAGUACAUCAUGCUGCUGACGGAAUGGAGGUUCACACGGGGCGUGGAGGAGCAGACCAAGGUUUUCCUCGAUGGCUUCAAUGAGGUGGUGCUGCUGGAGUGGCUGCGGUACUUCGACGAGAAGGAGCUGGAGCUGAUGCUAUGCGGCAUGCAGGAGAUUGACAUGAACGACUGGCAGAAGAAUACCAUCUACCAGCAUUACACCAAGAACAGCAAACAGAUCCAGUGGUUCUGGCAGGUGAUUAAAGAAAUGGAUAAUGAGAAGAGGAUCUGGCUGUUGCAGUUCAUGAUGGGGAUGUGCCACCUGCCCGUUGAGGGGUUUGCAGAGCUCAUCGGCAGCAACGGGCCCCAGAAAUUCUGCAUCGAUAAAAUUGGUGGAGAGACAUGGCUGCCUCAGAGCCAUACGUGCUUUAACCGUCUGGAUCUCCCUCCCUACAAGAGCUACAAACAGCUGAAGGAGAAGCUGCUUUAUGCAAUUGAGGAGACAGAAGGAUUUGGACAGGAGUGAUGGGGUUUUGGUGCUUUCCCAGGGCAGGGAGGGCCCUGAAGUGCUGCUGGGCACGAGGUCCUGCCCACAGAGCCCAGUGUUGAGCCCUCUCCGCAGGAUGGUGCACAGGCAGCUGGGAUGCUGUUGCUCUUGUUCCUGGGCAAGAUCUGCAUUUAAUGCAGUCCUGGGGGAAAUGGGUCCAUGUUUCCCUCCCUAAAGAAAUUCAAGGUGUGACAAGAGGUGUUUGCACCUCUCACCCUUCACUGGCUCUGCUCAGCUCACGAGUUGCAGGCUGGUGCAGAGGGGAUGGGGAGAAGCCCUUGGCAGGCAGCGCAAGGUGCACUGAGGCUCUCUGGUCCCCCCCCCCUUGCAAACAGUUAAAUGAGAUCUGGUUUUGGCACAGGCUAUUUUUCCCCUAGUGUUUUCUGCCUUUUCAUGACACUUUAAUAGAUGCAGGUGAGGAGG